AAUUAUAAUUUUUUGUUGAAUCCGUACAGAGGCAGAGUUUUUUUUUCAUUUAAUUUUUCAUUUUCUACUAUUUGGGAAACUUGAAAUUAAUUUUAAUGUUUCGAAACUAAUAAAUAAUAUAAAGGUUGAAUAUAUGCUCCUAAAUAUUAAUAAGAUAAAUUGAAAUUUUUGCGGUAAAUACAACGAUAAAAUUGCAAAUAAUUUGGUAUCAAAUCAGUAGACUGAAAAGAAUUGAAUAUUCUUUGAAAGUAGUUGGGUACGAGGCAGUGAAGUGCGGCAUACAAUUACAGUAUACGGAAAAGGCGCAGACAAAAAGCAUAAAAGAGAAAAAACGCAAACUAAAAAAGGAAGGAGGCGAGAAAAGUAUCCAUAGAAGACAUUAAGUGGGAAAGGUCAGCAGACAGACGACCGCCAGACAAAAGCGAUUAAGAAAAGCGAUAAUUAAGAUAAUUUGAAAGUCAGAGAGCAGGGGAUUAAUAGAGGAUUAAUAUCUUUAAAGUAUUUGAAGUGUUAUUGGAUUUAUCACAUCGCUCUCACAAAACAAUAAAAAGUGAAAGUCCACGAUUUUAAAUCGUGAACAGUUUCUGUUCAACGUGAAAUGUUGUCAUUUGCACCUCCAGUAGUUAAACGUUUAUUAGCACUUAAAACAGGUAACGAAGAUACGAUUGAAGGCAAGUGGUCAGAGAAAGCAGUAAAAAAUCUUGUUAAAAAAGUCAAAAAAAACUCUUCACUUGAGGAACUUGAACGUGCGAUAUCAACACAAAAUUGUAAUACACGUUGUGUAACAGUACCGCGCAGUAAACCCGGUGCUACCGGCGAAAGUCUACGCAAGGGUUUGCCGCAUGUUAUAUACUGUCGUUUAUGGCGUUGGCCUGAUUUACAAUCGCAAAAUGAAUUGAAAUCGCUUGAUCAUUGUGAAUUUGGAUUUCAUUUGCGUAAAGACGAAAUUUGUAUUAAUCCAUAUCAUUAUAAAAAAAUUGAAUUCUCAAUACUUGUACCGAAAUCAUUGCCAACGCCACCAGACUCAAUUGUUGAUUAUCCACUUGAUAACCAUACACAUCAAAUACCAAAUAAUACAGAAUAUAAUGCUGCUACUAUACGUAGUGCAUCAUUAAGUCCGCCACAAUAUAUGGAGCUAUCUGCCCAUCAUCAACAACAGCAUUCGCCUUUACUUGUUGGCAUGAGUGCCGCUCAACAGCAACAAAUGGCAACUAGUGCAAAUGUUUCACAAGGAGCCUGUAAUAUGGAUUCACAAUCAAGUGUACUUAGUGUUGGCAGUAGUAUUCCAAACACAGGUACACCACCCCCUGGUUAUAUGAGUGAAGAUGGUGAUCCCACUUCAGAUCCUAAUGAUAAUAUGAAUAUGUCGCGCUUAACCCCUCCAGCUGAUGCUGCACCUGUUAUGUAUCAUGAGCCAGCAUUUUGGUGUUCUAUAUCAUACUAUGAACUUAACACGCGCGUUGGAGAAACAUUCCACGCAUCUCAACCGUCAAUUACUGUUGAUGGCUUCACUGAUCCUUCAAAUUCGGAGCGUUUCUGUUUAGGUUUACUUUCAAAUGUUAAUCGCAAUGAAGUUGUUGAACAAACUAGACGUCACAUUGGUAAAGGUGUACGCCUUUAUUACAUUGGUGGUGAAGUAUUUGCCGAAUGCCUAAGUGAUUCAUCUAUUUUUGUACAAAGUCCUAACUGCAAUCAGCGUUAUGGUUGGCAUCCAGCAACUGUUUGCAAAAUACCACCAGGUUGUAAUUUAAAAAUAUUUAACAAUCAAGAGUUUGCCGCAUUACUCUCACAAUCAGUGUCGCAGGGUUUCGAGGCUGUAUACCAAUUAACGCGAAUGUGUACGAUACGUAUGUCAUUUGUUAAAGGAUGGGGUGCGGAGUAUCGGCGCCAAACAGUAACAUCUACUCCGUGUUGGAUUGAACUACACUUAAAUGGACCAUUACAGUGGUUAGAUCGUGUGUUAACACAAAUGGGAUCACCGCGUUUGCCAUGCAGUUCAAUGUCAUAAAGUCUAUAAUUUUAAUAUUUUAAGUGCGGUAAACCCAAAAAACAAAAACAAAAAACAAAUUCUUUAAUAAUAAAAGUUUUCUUAAUAUUAAGCAUGUAUUUAUAGAAUUAAAAUGGCACAAAUGAAAAAUGUUUAUAUAAUGUGCUCAUAUUAUUGAUACACCAUUCAUCUCACCAUAUCUAGUAUAAGUAGUAUAUCUUUUUUUACACUCUGUUUUAUGUAUUCUGUAAAGUAUCUGAAGAGAUUAACUUCAAACAAUUAGAUGCCCAAAACAAGCAUAAAAUGCUCAAAAUUUUCAAUAACUUAUUCUAUGGGUGUUUCUAAUGAAUCAUCUACAAACAAAUUAGAGAAACAUUGCAAUGUUUUACUAAAAAAGACAAAAAAUUAAUAAUAUACGUGACUGUACCGAAAUUUUAAUACCGUUCACACAAAUAAGCUAUAUACAUAUAUAUAUUUUUUUUUUCGUAACAUACUCACCAUUUAUAAUGGUUUUAGUGAAUCAUAUAUGCACAAUAGAUCUAUUCUGGUCGCAGUGCAUUCUAACCUCUAAUAAUUAUAAUGGUGAAUCAUACCUAUUAUUCAGAAUUUUAUUAUGUGUCCAAGAUGCAUUUUAUUUCCAUAUUUAAUUCCAUAUGAAUACACAGCUCAAUUCGUCUUUUCGGAGGUGCGAGUAUAUAUAAUUUAUAUUUUCCAGUUUUCUUCACUGUGUUAAAAACAUCUUGACAAACUUAUACAUCUUCCUGAAAAGUUUUUCCAUUAUUUUGAAUAUGGAACAUUGCGAUUUUCCGAAAUGUUUGAAAUUUCUAAGGGCAAUAAUUUGUAUUGUAUUGGAAAUCCAUAUGUUUUAAGUUAUCUCUAAUAUAUAAUACAUAUUCCUAAUUGACAUAAUAUUAAGAAAGUCUACAAAACUAAAUACUAACCAUUAGAAACGUUUUAAUGAAGUGCUGAAAAAAAACGAUUCAGACUUAAUGUACAAAGUAAUAUCCCAGUGUUUUUUUUUUAACAAGUUCCUUUUUUUAUAAUAAAAAAUAUGAAUAAGUGAAUAUUGUAUUAAAAAGAAUAAAAUGGUAGUUGUAGCUAAAUACUUAGUCUUGCUUUUGCUUAAAUUUCUAAAAAUAUACCAUUAUCUUCCCAUAAUAAUAGUGAUUGAUAUAUCAGCCUCCAAAAUUCCAAAUAGAUAUAAUCUAAUUCAGAAAUUCUGUAACACAAUUUUCAUAUAAUUUUUUCAUAUAAUAAAAAUUGCGAUAUUGUC